CUUUUCCUUAUGGUCUUGUUUUCGAUAACCUUAUCGACAAUGUUAAGUGGCAAAGUCGACCUAUUACUGAAUUUUAACACCUUUACUCACACAGUGGAGGGAGUAAAUGUACGUAGGAAUUAAUUUAUUAACUAAGCGCAUGGCCACAGAGAUCGCUAAAUUCUGAAAGCGCCUCAACCGUUUUGAAUAUAGUAAACUGAAACAACGUGUUAGUUUCCUUUGACACUUUCAAUGCUAAUGAUCAAUUUAAAAACAUUUGAAUUAUUUUUUUUGUUUUUAAUGAAUUAUCGAUCUAAUUCAACUUUUCUUUUUCAAGUGACCUGUACAUGAAACUAACGCUUUUUACUUACAUUGUAGAUUAAUUUUUAUCUCAGUAAUUAAAAAGCCAAAAAAUGUUGGAGUCGUGCACCCGUGGAAAAAUACGGGGUGUGCGGUACCUUCAAAGUUUAUUAUUGUUUUUAUGUUUGUUUGCCGCGUAUUUAUUACGUGUGAGCAUAUCUGUAGCAAUUGUUGCCAUGACCCCAGUGAAAAAUUCAACAGAUUUCAUUGUAGAAGUUCAUAAUCAUAUUCCCGUAUUUCAAUGGUCACAGCAUACGAAAAGUUUAAUUUUGAGUGCCUUUUUUUGGGGAUAUUUAAUUAUGAAUUUACCUGCCGCUAUGAUAGGUCGUCGUUACAACAAUCAAAUAUUAUUGGCAAUUAGUAUGACACUUACAGUUGCUCUCAGCUUAGUCACUCCAACAUUGUUAGUGGCUUUAGAUUGGCCAGUUCUAGUUCUAAUUCGGUUUUUUCAAGGCAUUACACAGGCUUUUACAAUGCCUAUGAUCCAUGGUAUUAGUGCUAAAUGGUCGCCUCCAAAUGAACGUGGACGUCUCGUUGGAUUUGUGUUGGGAGGUAUUCAGUUUGGUACUGUUAUAACUUUGGUGGGCUCAGGAUUUUUGGCUGGAAGCCGAUGUGGAUGGCCUGCUAUAUACUAUGUUAGUGGUGCUAUUGGAAUGAUUUGGGUGAUACUUUGGCUAUCUUUAGGCUCCGAAAGUCCCGAGACACAUCGUUUUAUCACUUCUGCAGAAAAGAAUUAUAUACAGGCAUCUUUAACUCAAACUAUAACUAAUCAAAAGAAUUUGAUUACUCCCUGGAAAGAAAUAUUUUCAUCAAUGCCAGUAUGGGCAGUUACAAUAUCUCACGCAGGUCAUAAUUGUGGAUUUUGGCUUUUGCUAAGCGAAAUGCCUACGUUUAUUAGCUCAGUUUUAAAAUUUGACAUAAAAUCAGAUGGAAUAGUGUCUGCAUUACCUUACUUGGCAAUGUGGUUAUGCCAGUUCCCAGUCACAUACAUUGCGGAUAUUUUGAACAAAAAAAAUGUAACGUCUCUCACAACAUCGAGGAAAAUUUGGAACACUGUUGGAAUGAGUGGAGGUGCUAUUGGUCUAAUGUUUCUGGCUUACAUGGGUGAAAAUGCUAAUGCUGCAAUAACUCUGUACAUAAUUGUAGUGGCUAUAGGAUGUUGUACAAAUGUGGGUUUCAAUAUUAAUCAUUUGGAUUUAGCACCCAAUUACGCUGGUAUUCUCAUGGGAAUUACAAACGCAGUUGCAUCAAUUGGUGGAGUAUUGGCGCCAAUGGUGGUUGGAUUAAUUGUACAUGAUCAAUCAUCAGUUGAGGAAUGGAGAAUUGUUUUUUCAUUGGGCGCAGCUGUACUGUUUUUUUCUAGUAUUUUUUACCUACUUUUUGGAUCUGCAAAAGUGCAACCCUGGAAUGACCCUAUAAACCAAGAAGCUGAUUUCCGCGAAUCUUUACAACUGAAAACGGAUUACGGAGCUGCUAGUUACGCAUCGUCAGGUUUUGGUAAACUAGCGUAAAUUUCAUUGCCUACAAAAAUCGCGUGAAAAAAAUUUUUUUUUCACUCAUAGUUAAGGUAUUAUCAAAAGGCGCGAUAUUUGUAAAACAAUGGCAAAAGAUUACAAAACGUUCCACAGAACCGUUUCUUCCUAAUUGAUCCUCUUCUAGCUUGACGAAAAUAACGUUAAAAUUAAUUAUUUGUUAAUUGUUGUUAUAAUUACUGUACUUGUAUGUUGAUUAGUUUUAGUUAAGUAUAACUUAUUUUUUUACUCGAAAAAACAUUUUAUUGAUUAUUGAUUAAAUUGAUUUAAUCGA